AUGUCUGCAUUCCACGUUGUCGAACACACCGUGCCGGGUCAGCAUAUUCGAGAAUACCCACGGGGGUUGAGCGGGUCGCAGGAUGGUGUUUUGAAGCUUGCCGUGAAUCAAUACAUCCCCAAAGACAAUCUGAAUCCGCAGGCAGGGGAUGUGACAAUUCUUGGUGCCCAUGCGACAGGCUUUGUGAAAGAACUGUACGAGCCACUAUGGGAGAGUAUCUUGGCUCGGGCGAAGCAACAGGGCUUUAGGAUCAGGGGUAUCUGGAUCGCAGAUACAGCACACCAAGGGCAAAGCAGCGUGCUCAAUGAAAGGCUAUUGGGAAAUGAUCCGUCCUGGUUCGACCUUUCCCGCGAUUUGCUCUACCUAGUCAACCACUUUCGAGACCAAAUGCCGCGUCCUCUCGUGGGAUUGGGCCAUUCUGGAGGGGGGAACAGCAUCACAAACCUGGCUUACAUGCAUCCUCGACUGUUCACUACGCUCAUCUUGAUCGAACCGAUCAUCUACGCCUUUCCGCGCAUCCCACCACAGUCUGAACUUAGUCCCGCGAGACUAUCGACUUUUCGCCGAGAUGUAUGGCCUUCGAGGGAACAGGCUGGAAAAUUAUUCAGAGCUAGCAAGUUUUACCAGAAAUGGCAUCCCUGGGUGUUGGACCGCUUCAUUUCCCACGGUCUUCGAGACAUGCCCACGCUGUUUCACCCGGCUACGCCCAAAUCAGGAGUCGCGCCGCAAGUCACGCUGAGGACCCCUGUGGCCCAAGAGGUUUUUACAUACUUUCGACCCAACUACGAAGGCUACGGACACAAUGGCAAGCCCAUCAACAGAACAACUCAUGCAGACUUGGAUCCCACCUCACCUGUGAUAUUCCCAUUUUACCGCGGGGAAGCUGGCCAGGUACAUAUUCGACUUCCAGAAUUGCGGCCCGGUGCUUUGUUCAUCUUCGGGGGGGAGUCUGAUCUCGGAGCACCAGGAAAUGUAAGGGACAAACUCGACAGGACUGGCGUUGGGGUUGGCGGCUCUGGCGGGGCCGCUGUCGGAAAAGUAAAGUGCACGGUGUUCGAUGGGAUAGGUCAUCUUGCCGCCAUGGAAGCUGUUGAUAAAACAGCUGACGAGGCAUCCAAAUGGAUUGGAGGUGCUAUGGAAGUUUGGAGAUUAGAGGAAGCGGAACACGAUGAAAAUUGGAUUCAAAAGCCGACUUUGGAAAAGCAGACUAUUAGUGAAGAAUGGAAGAAGAGCAUAGGUGGUCUUCCAGGGAGGCAACCUCGCACAUCAAAGAUCUGA